AGAAUUAUGAUAGUGUGUGCUUAAAUGUUUGUAAAGAGAGAGAGGUAGACAAGUGAUUUGAGGCUUUGGCUUGGCUUUCUCUUACAUCUUUGAUAUACUUGCCUGAAUUCUCUCCGACCCUUCCUCACUUUUGUCUCCCUCUCUCUCUCUCUCUCUGUCGAUUGUACAUAUAUAUACGCAUAAGCAUAUGCAUGAUAGUUAGAGUAUUUUUUUUGGUUUUCUUUUUGUGCCAAUCUAUAUUUUCUUGUGCAUCAGAGUAACGUAUCUGAGAUAUACAAUAAGUUUCUUGAAUGUGAAUAAAAGGGGAAUAUGUUCAAUGCUAAGGCUGGAAUUUUAAGGGUUUUACCAUAAGGCCCACAAGGCCAGAAACACUCAUCAGGUUGUGAGGGGAACGCAAUUGACUUUUACUGACUAUCAUGCAUUUAUGAUUGAGGAUUUAUGGUAUCUGGGGCGCAGAUUUUGUGUAUUCUUAGAGACUUGCCAUUCUGUUGUGGCUGUGUGGUGUAUAUAUUAGGGUUCUGCCUAAGCAAUUUAUCACUGGGUUCGGAAAUUAGGGCUCCUUGAGGCUAACGGGCAUUGCUCUUUGGCUCAUUUCGGAAGCUUUACUCGUUUUAGGAUUUGGGUUUUGAGAGUAAAGUGGUUCUGAAUUGUGGUUUAUCUGUUUGUUCAUCAAUGGUUUUGUAAAAACCGAGUCUUUUUAUGUACAGACAUACUUGGUUUUUGCACCGAGGUGCUGUGACCCCUUAACUUGUGAUUUUGGUGGUUUCUGGGUGGGGAAAUUGUAGGCUUCAUUGUUGGAAUUGGUGAUCAGGAGGAAUCGGUGGCAGGGUAUUGGGUUGUGGUUUCAGAUACUUUGAGGACAAUUAAGAGAAAGGGCUGUGCCUUCUGCAUUGUCUAUCUGGUUGGUUAUUUUUUGGAUUUAGCAUUGGUGUGAUAGAGUUUGUCUUCCAUGCAUCAUAUCUGGGUAUUAAAAUCCUAGUCGUGAAUUGACUGUGGCCAAAAAGCUGAUCCAAACUGGCUACUAAAAUCCCUAGUUGUGCAGUGACUGAGUGCUAAAAACUGAUCCAAUGAUGAGUAGGAGAGUGCGGAGGAAGGUUGUAAGGAGACAAAAAGAGAAAGUGGAUUGCCCUGAGAGUGAUGAGAACUUGAGUUUGGAUGAGAACGGGAUGCUUGAUUGGACAAGGUUACCUGAUGAUACAGUGAUCCAGCUUUUCUCAUGUCUGAACUAUCGUGACCGAGCAAGCUUGUCAUCUACCUGCCGAACAUGGUGGACUCUAGGUAAAUCUCCAUGUUUGUGGCAGGUGUUGGACCUCCGGCCCCAUAAGUGUGAUGCUACAGCUGCUGCAGUACUUGCCUCUCGAUGUGAAAAUCUUCAGAAGCUCCGGUUCCGUGGUCCUGAAUCUGCUGAAGCUGUCAUUAAACUUCAGGCUAAGAAUUUACGAGAGAUUAGUGGUGACUGUUGCAGGAAAAUGACUGAUGCUACACUCUCUGUGCUUGCAGCUCGACAUGAAGCUCUUGAGUGCCUUGUGAUCGGGCCAGAUUUCUGUGAAAGAAUCAGCAGUGAUGCAGUUAAAGCAAUUGCAAUUUGUUGCCCAAAACUGCAGAAACUUCGGAUAUCAGGCCUUCACGAAGUGGAUGCAGAUGCGAUCAAUGCUUUGGCAAAGCAUUGCCAGAAUUUGACAGAUAUUGGGUUUAUUGACUGCAGAAAAGUAGAUGAGACAGCCCUGGGUAAUGUUGCAUCCCUUCGCUUCCUCUCCGUCGCAGGAACAACAAAUAUAAAGUGGAAUUUGGUUUUACAGGAGUGGAGUAAGCUUCCACACUUGAUAGCCUUAGAUGUUUCUAGAACAGAUAUUAACCCUACUUCUGUAUCAAGAUUCUUUUCAUCCUCUGUUAGUUUGAAGGUCUUAUGCGCCUUGAAUUGUCCAUCAAUCGAGGAGGAUGCCAGCUUUGCCUCUAACAGGAAUCAUAAAGGUAAAGUGCUACUGGCAGUCUUCACCGACAUUCUCAAAGGAGUAGCUACCCUAUUCGUCGAUACGCCAAAGAAUAACAUGAAUGUUUUCCUGGAUUGGAGAUAUUCAAAAGUCGAGGAUAGGAGAGUAAAUGAGAUUUUGAAUUGGUUGGAGUGGAUCAUUUCCAAUACCCUUCUCCGUGUUUCUGAGAGCAAUCCACCUGGUUUGGAUAAUUUCUGGCUCAACCAAGGUACAACUUUGUUGCUUAGUUUCAUGCAAAGUCCCCAGGAGGACGUCCAGGAAAGAUCAGCUACCGCGCUUGCAACUUUUGUUGUAGUUGACGAUGAAAAUGCCAGUAUUGAUAUAGGAAGGGCUGAAGCAGUUAUGCGAGAGGGUGGUAUACGCCUUCUCCUCAACCUUGCUCGGUCAUGGCGAGAGGGGCUCCAGUCAGAGGCUGCUAAAGCCAUAGCAAACUUAUCAGUGAAUGCUAAUGUUGCAAAAGCCGUGGCAGAUGAAGGAGGCAUCAGCAUUCUUGUAAAUCUUGCUAGAUCUGUGAACAGAUUGGUUGCUGAAGAGGCUGCUGGAGGACUAUGGAACCUCUCCGUUGGUGAAGAUCACAAGGGUGCCAUUGCCGAAGCUGGUGGAGUAAAAGCUUUAGUUGACCUUAUAUUCAAAUGGUCAAGGUCUAGUGGUGGUGAAGGAGUGCUGGAACGUGCAGCUGGUGCAUUAGCAAAUUUGGCAGCCGAUGAUAAAUGCAGCACGGAAGUUGCUUCAGUUGGUGGUGUUCAUGCCUUAGUUACGCUAGCACGCACUUGCAAGGUCGAAGGAGUUCAGGAGCAGGCAGCUCGAGCAUUGGCAAAUUUGGCUGCUCAUGGAGAUAGCAACAGUAACAAUGCUGUAGUAGGACAAGAGGCUGGAGCUCUUGAAGCUCUUGUGCAACUUACUCGUUCCCCACAUGAUGGUGUGAGGCAAGAAGCUGCUGGCGCAUUAUGGAAUUUAUCCUUUGACGACAGGAAUCGAGAAGCCAUUGCAGCGGCAGGUGGAGUCGAGGCAUUGGUUGCUCUAGCACAUUCCUGUUCAAAUGCCUCCCAUGGCCUUCAGGAGAGGGCUGCCGGUGCUCUCUGGGGAUUGUCUGUGUCAGAAGCAAAUAGUGUUGCUAUUGGGCGAGAAGGAGGCGUGGCACCACUAAUUGCACUGGCACGAUCUGAUGCUGAGGAUGUACAUGAGACUGCUGCAGGAGCCCUAUGGAAUCUUGCUUUCAACCCUGGUAAUGCUCUCCGUAUUGUGGAGGAAGGAGGGGUUCCUGCCCUUGUUCAUCUUUGUUCUUCUUCUGUGUCGAAAAUGGCACGCUUCAUGUCUGCCUUGGCACUCGCCUACAUGUUUGAUGGAAGAAUGGAUGAAAUUGCUAUGGUAGGAACAUCAACAGAGAGCACUUCCAAGAGUGUAAACUUAGAUGGACUUAGAAGAACUGCUUUGAAACAGAUCGAAGCUUUUGUCAUGACCUUCUCGGAUCCCCAAGCAUUUGCUGCUGCUGCAGUGUCAUCGGCCCCUGCAGCACUCGCACAAGUAACAGAAUCCGCUCGCAUUCAAGAAGCAGGCCAUCUAAGAUGCAGCGGUGCUGAGAUUGGACGAUUUGUUGCCAUGCUGCGAAAUCCUUCUCCGACACUGAAGGGAUGUGCUGCAUUUGCUCUGCUUCAGUUUACCAUCCCUGGUGGCCGGCAUGCAGUUCUUCACGUGAGACUUCUCCAAAGUGCUGGAGCUCCGCGUGUUCUACGUGCAGCAGCAGCAGCAGCAGGUGCCCCAAUUGAAGCCAAAAUCUUUGCCCGCAUUGUGCUUCGAAACCUGGAGCAGCAUCAGGCAGAAUUGUCUGUCUAAAGAGCGUUAGUGAAGAUAAAUAGUACAUGUCAAACUACAGCUCGUCUGGCUUUGCCGGUGGGUAUUUUGCUGUAUAAAUGCUCUUAAUAAAGAGCCUGUUUUUUUCCAGCAAAAUAAAAGACCUGAACAUAGUGUUUUGUGUGCCUUUUUCUUUUUAUUUUCUUGUGACUCAAACAUGAUAUAUAUAUAUAUAUAUAUAUAUAUAUAUAGAUGGAUGCGAAGGUUAGUACCUGGAAGUACUGUUUUGGUCUUCCCUUUUGGUUGCUGUAGUGAUUUUUGUGUCUAAAUAAAUAAUUUAGGACUUUUGGGAGUUUGGUGGUA